UUAUGUUUCUUUCUGUCAAAAAAAGAUGUGUGAUUUAUUUUUAUUUAUUUUUACUAACCUCCUUCGUCAUUGCUUUGGAAAGUGAAACUAACAUUUUUUGUUAACAUUUAGCAAUUAAUUGUGAUAGUGGAAGUUGAAAUUGCAGGGCAAAACAUAACAAAAAGAAGCUGGAUUUUGUUAUCCAUCAUGUUGACUAUGAGAUCAGAUUCCGAAUUACCAGAGUGUGAGACAUAUAAUGAGGCACAUAGUGCAAAGAUACUCUACUUGAUGAAUCAACAUCGAAAAGAAAACACAAAACUUUGCGAUGUGGUUUUGCAGGUUAACAAGAAGAAAUAUCCUACCCAUCGCUCUGUAUUAGCUGCGUGUAGUCCAUACUUUUUAGCUAUGUUUAACGGUGAUAUGAAAGAAAGUGCAGAAAAAACUAUUGUUUUAAAAGAUGUCAAAGAAGAUAUUAUAGAACUCAUAAUUGACUUUGUUUAUACUGGAAAUUUAAAUGUAAAUAUUGAAAAUGUGGAAUCAAUCUUGGAACAUGCUACGCUACUGCAGUUUAGUGAAGUGAGAUUGUUGGCUUGUAACUUUUUAGAACAACAGCUUGAUCCAGAGAAUUGUGUUGGUAUCCGUAAAUUUGUGCAUUUACAUCACUGUAAAAAAUUUAUUUGCACGGUGGACAAUUUUAUGAAAAAACAUUUUUUACAGGUGUUAAAUUCGGACGAAUUUACAUCGAUACCUUUUAGCGUUUUAAAAGAAAUUCUUUUAAGUGAAAAACUGAAUGUAGAUUGUGAGGAAAGAGUGUACAAUUGCGUUUUAAAAUGGAUAAAACAUGAUCCUAUUAAACGUGAACCAAAACUUUCAGAACUCUUAGCUGCAACUAGACUUUCAUUGCUGGAAAAACAAUUUUUAAUGGAUGUUGUUGAUCAGAUGCCACUGAUUAAGAAUGAUCCGAAAUGCAGAGAUUUGCUUGAUGAAGCUAAGAAUUACCACUUACAACCAGAAAAACAUGCAAAGUUAAGAUCUCUACGAACAAUACCCCGGCAUUCUACAUGUGGGCGAUUAUAUGCCAUUGGUGGAAAGAAAGAUGUUUCAACAAUUUUAAACAAGGUUGAAGCCUACAGUUUGUUUAAUGAUAAAUGGAGUGAGGUGGCAAAUCUAAGGAAGAAUCGACAGCAGCUAAGUGUUUGUACACUAAAUAAAAAGCUUUAUGCCAUUGCUGGUUCUGAUGGUGUAAACAGACUGGAUUCUGUUGAAGUUUAUUCUCCUACAAAAAACAAGUGGAAAGAAUGCUCUUCUUUACAGACAUGUAGAUCUGGUGCAGUUGGAAGUGCACUUCGUGACGCAAUAUUUGUUGCUGGAGGAUAUGAUGGCAGAUCUUGUUUAAAUUCUGUGGAAAGGUUUGAUCCAGUUGUUCAACGUUGGGAUUUUGUGGCGUCUAUGAAUGUAGCAAGGAGCUUUCCAACCAUAUCUACCCUUGGAAACUGCCUUUAUACUAUUGGUGGAAAUGAUGGUGCAGCAUUCUUGGACACAUGCGAGUGUUUUGACCCUCUCAUGAAUAAAUGGAGGUACAUUGCACCAAUGAAAUUUCCACGUGCUGGACUGGGUUGUGCUGUACUGAAUGGAAUGCUUUAUGUGGCUGGAGGUUUUGACGGUGUUGACUGCCUAAACUUAGUUGAAAUGUAUGAGCCACGGAUGAAUAAAUGGACUGAAGUCAGUCCAAUGAAUCAGAAAAGAGAUGGUCUAUCGCUUAUUUCGUAUGGCGGUUACAUUUAUGCUAUUGGUGGAAUAGACGACUCUUGUUUUUUGAACACUGCGGAGUAUUAUGAUCCAACUACUAAUGUGUGGACAGAAACAGUUCCAAUGAUAUUGCCACGUGCUUCAGCAGGAUCCGCUGUGCUAAUUGAUGGUGUAAACAUAUAAGGAUUAUAUGUGUUAUGCUGUGUUUCUUUUUGUACAUAUUGUUUUUUUACUUUUCGUCAUUGUUAUGAUCUUUUCCAGUGAACAGUAAACAGUAAAGGCAGCUGUUUAAAUACAGUUACUAAACAAUUUUUUUUUAUUGAUCAAACCAACCUUAAAUCCCUCCACAUCCUUGCUUGCUUUAAAAUGUAAGUUUUGAUUCCCCCCUAGUAACAAACUAGAAUUUUCUAUUAAACAGUUCAGUGACCUGUAGACCAAAUGUUUUUGAUGCUUGUGUUUUGCAGAUAUGCACACGUUUAGAUUUGUCUCUGAUAACAAGUGUACAUAUUCUAUGUCAAGAACUAUGUGAUACUACUUUUGAUUAUUUAUAGUUUUUUUUUAUUUAUUUUUAAUGGACACAUUUUUUGUCAAAUAUCUGUAUUAUGAUGUGUAUAAAUCUUAAAGUUGUUUUUUGUGAAGGUUUUAUUUUCUUCUAAAUGGUGGUAUAUAUUUUUAUAAGCAAAAACAAAUUUCAUGUUGUUCUUAUUAUUGUGUUUUUGUUGUUGUUUUUAUUUGUGUUGUUGUUGUUAUCUUUUUUGUGGUUGUGCAUUGUUGUUGUUUUUUAUAUCGUAUUUUAAAAAAAAAUUGUAAACAUAUUUGUGGGUGUAUUAAAUUUCAACUUUUUAUUAGAAAACAAUCACAAAUAAUUAUUCAAUAUUCACCACAUUCAUUUAUUUUAUCCAAGAUAUUAUCAGUUAACUGGCCUGAAUUUUCUUGUGGUUUGAUUAUUUUUUUGUGUGGUUUUUUUGCAGAGUUUAAAAACAAGAUGUGUUAUAGAUGUUGUUGUUGUUUUUAUUCGACUUAGACAGGUGUUUAAAAUUAUAUGAUAAGUUUAUUGACGGAUAUGACGCAGGAAUCAUUUUCAGUAGCUGUUGAUGUAAACUUUGGAUUAAGGCUGUAAAUGAAAACUUUAUUAUUUACUUGCUAAAAUAUUUACAAGUGGAAUUAGAAAGGAUACCUUUGUGA